CCGGUCGCUCGGAGCACGUCACGGGGCGGGCUGAGGCGAUGGCGGCGGCGGCAGCGCGGGCCUCGGCCGGGGCAUGAGGCGGCGGCGGCAGCGGAGGCGGCCGGGGGCGGCCGAGGCGCCAAGGUAGCCAAUAUAAACCAGUUCCCAGGCCACCAGAAGGCUUCCACCAUGGGGAACUCCGACACGGACCAGAAGGCAUCCUACGAAGAUGCCUCUGGGGAUCACGGGGAGGUGGUCAGCACCAUUUCCAGCAGCAUGAACCCGCUGCAGCCGCCGGACGCCUCCUCGGAGGAGCCUUUUACCACCUACUUCGACAGCAAGAUCCCGAUUCCCGAAGAUGAAACGCACUCCUGCUUUAGUUUCCGCAAGCUCUGGGCUUUCACGGGGCCAGGUUUUCUGAUGAGCAUUGCCUACCUGGAUCCGGGCAACAUCGAGUCGGAUUUACAGUCCGGGGCUGUCGCGGGAUUUAAGCUGCUGUGGGUCCUGAUGCUGGCGACGAUCAUCGGGCUGCUCCUGCAGCGGCUGGCGGCCAGGCUGGGGGUGGUGACGGGGCUGCACCUCGCCGAAGUCUGCAACCGGCAGUACCAGAAGGUUCCUCGGAUUAUCCUGUGGCUGAUGGUCGAACUCGCUAUCAUUGGAUCCGAUAUGCAAGAAGUCAUCGGCUCGGCGAUUGCCAUUAACCUCCUGUCUGUGGGGAAGAUCCCGCUGUGGGGCGGCGUGCUCAUCACCAUCGCCGACACGUUCGUCUUUCUCUUCCUGGACAAAUACGGCUUGCGAAAACUGGAAGCGUUCUUUGGUUUUCUCAUUACCAUCAUGGCACUAACGUUUGGAUACGAGUAUAUCACAGUCAAACCCGACCAGAAGAAGCUGCUGCAGGGGCUGUUCAUCCCAUACUGCCAGAACUGCGGGACGCCGCAGCUGGAGCAAGCCGUGGGAAUCGUGGGCGCCGUUAUCAUGCCGCACAACAUGUACCUGCACUCUGCCUUGGUCAAGUCCCGGCAAGUGAACCGUGCAAACAAGAGGGAAGUACGAGAAGCCAAUAAGUAUUUCUUCAUCGAGUCCUGCAUCGCUCUCUUUGUCUCCUUCAUCAUUAACAUCUUCGUUGUGACCGUCUUCGCUGAGGCUUUCUUUGAAAAAACGAAUGCGGAUGUGAACACCGUCUGCGUGAACGCCAGCAGCCCGCACUCCUCGCUCUUCCCCAACAACAACGAGACGCUGGAAGUGGAUAUCUACAAAGGGGGCGUCGUUCUGGGCUGUUACUUUGGCCCUGCUGCUCUCUAUAUCUGGGCGAUCGGGAUCCUCGCUGCCGGCCAGAGCUCAACGAUGACAGGGACGUACUCCGGGCAGUUCGUCAUGGAGGGCUUCCUGAACCUGCGGUGGUCCCGAUUUGCCCGGGUGCUGCUGACUCGCUCUAUCGCCAUCACCCCCACCCUCUUGGUUGCCAUCUUUCAGGACGUCGAACACCUGACGGGAAUGAACGACUUCUUAAAUGUUCUUAUGAGCCUCCAGCUUCCGUUCGCUUUGAUCCCUGUCCUGACGUUCACCAGCCUGCCCAGCGUGAUGAAUGAUUUUGCCAACGGAUUGUUCUGGAGGAUCGCUGGUGGCGUCCUCAUCCUCCUGAUCUGCAGCAUUAACAUGUACUUCGUGGUGGCCUACGUCAUGUCCCUGAACCACUUGGCUUUGUACAUCGGGGCUGGCAUUCUCAGUGUGAUCUACCUGUCCUUUGUGGUGUAUUUGACCUGGCUGUGCCUGAUUGCUCUGGGAGUCUCCUUCCUGGCCUGUGGGAAAACGGUAAGCGUCACCAGGACACUGCUGAUGGAAGAGUCACCUCCCUCCGCUAAAUAGAGGUGUCGGUACACAGCGAGUAGCCAUCAGAGCCAGUGCGUUUCUAUGGUUUACUGUGUGAACGUAACACAAACGUAUGCGCGGUCUGCGCAGGCGACGCGCGCGUUCAAAGGCAACCAAUCAGAUGUACAUGUUGGCAAAUGCGCUGCUGCUGAAAAUCCUCAGAAACUGGACGUUUUCUUUGCUGAACGCCUCUAAUCACGCCCCUAAGGAGGAGCGUCCCGUCGGUUGUGCGAAUACGGCAGCGGCCGCCUGGUUUCCAGACGCCAAACGCAGGUGGCGGCGCGGAGGGAAGCGCGUCGUGCUGCAAACGGGCUCCUCUUCCCCGCCAACCUCUGCCGCCAGCCUCUCAUUUUUGCAUUAAAACCGGCAGCCUCUUGUCCCUCGGCAUUGUAAUCCCCGUAGCAGAAACACUGAAGCUCCAGGUAACUGCUUCUGCGCGCAACUGGAGAAGGGAGGAAAAAACAAAAAACAAAACCCGAUAAGCUGGGAAAUUCAAAACGCACCUUUUUGGGCCAUGUUUGAAGGACGCGGCUGCCGCUGAUGACACUAAGCGAAGUGUGUGACGCAGUGACACUAUGUCCGGAGUCUACCUCUGCGGUCAGAUCGUGGCUGCCGUUCCCGAGCUGACUGCGUUUGAUUUAUUUUAAUUUUUUUUUUUUUUUUCACUUGAAAACACUUCUAGUUCAGUGCGGGGCUGACCGCCAUGGCGCAGCCUCCACGAGGGCGGAAUGACGUCAGGAAAUCUCAGUCUCGUCAGUUAUCAUUAUUUUAUUUUUAAUUGCCUGGCAUGUGAUUUUGGUGGUCAGCAAAGGAAACGAGUUUGUGGUUAUUUAUGGGUUUGUUCCCUAUGGAUGCGAUUGAUGGAAAACGCUCUUUGUAGUUCUCAAAAAUCCCUGGUUUAUGGCUCAAAAUGUCACAUUCUGGGGGGGGAGGUCAGUGCUGUAACACAAGUGCAGGUUUUUAUUUGCUGCUCCUGGCUUGGCCCUGCUGUAAAUUCACUACGAAGCCUUUCUCGUUGCCCUUCUCGUUAGCGUUUAAUGAGUUUCAGGUACCUUUUCGGGAGAUGCCUUCACCUGGAAGGCGACCGAAACCCCGCGUAAGCGAGUGAUAGAGAGAACGGUACGUUUUGCUUCUGCCGUUAGCAAAGGUCGCCCGUCGUUUCUCCCGGCCUCGGGGGAAUUUUGCGGUUACAUCCCGCGCGGUGGGGGGGAGGUUUUAGGUGUCUUGGCCACGAAAAUCGGGUGUAAACCCGGGGUUUAUUUUUUCGUGAGGUUUCUCUUUGACAUCGGGAUGCUGCGACUGGCCCGGCGCAGUCGAGGCACAGGCAUUCUCGGGAAAUUCCUCCCCUUCCCCGGCGUUCCUCGUGUCCCCUCUCGUCCCAGGCAGGGAAUAAACCCCAUGGAGUUCGGAGCCUCGGAGAGAGACGAGGUUUGGGGUUUGGGUUUGACUCGGUGAUCUCUUUUCUGGCACGAACAAGCCCCAGGCUCUGCCGCUUGCUCGUCUGAUGGCCAACGGCACACUCGGGGGCAGCAGGCCGUCGUCAGCCGUCGCCGCCUGAAUUUUGGGGGAAAACAAAAGCUUUUUGACGUUGUCUUCAUUGAACAAGUGCGCAAAAAAGACUAAAACUUGUACACAGUAUCAAACGAGGAGACUUACUUUGCCUGCCCAAAUAGAUAUAUACUUUGAAGACAAAAUUAUCCUUGUGGAAGAUUAAUGGCUUUUAAAUAUUAUAGACUUCAUGAUGUGUCUUGACCCCAGCGCCAGUGACGCCUUUCGUAGAUGCAGGUGACAAAACGCAGCGUGAAAACUCCAUUUGAAUUCCAGGCAAAUUAACGUUUACGCUGUUCCUGCCUUUUAGGAAACCCGCUGGACUUCGCUUGCUCCUCCUUAAAUUGAGCGAGCGUUAAAACCGCCAUGUGUUUCUAGGUUUGCAAUUUUAACUAAUUCAAAAAUCCCGGCGGGAUUUAACCCCCGCGUUGGCAACGCUUGGAGGUUUUAUACCUAUCUCCGUGAAAAAAAGCUGGCAUGUACAUUGUAAGUGGGAACUGGGGGGGGGGGGAGUUGUCGGACCGGAGCCUUCCUCGGCCGCCGGGCUCCGCAACCCCGCUGUCUCCGUCCCCCCGAUUCUCCUGUUUGGGGGAUUUUUGGUUUGUAGCUGUCAGAGGAGAUGCUCCUGAAAUAAUUCAUGCCUCUCCGGCAGAGCCUCUGCACCGAGUUAUUCUUGGCUUCCUUGGGAAACUGAUUUUAUUUUAUUCCCCCCCCCCCGCCCCCGUAUCUGCCUUUGAACCAGUUUGUACAAACGUCCUUUUCCAUUAAAAGACAGAUACUUUUUCAA